AUGUCGUGGAAUAUACUGUGGAUGUGUCUUUGGCUGCUGCUGCGGCAGAUUGUUGUUAUCCUGGCCCUCUAUGAGCAGUGCAAUCAUCAGCUGGAGCUGCUCGCGGGCCAGAAAAUGUACAUCAACUCGCCCUACUAUCCCGCCCAGUAUCCAGCGGGCAGCUCCUGCCGUUACGCGCUCAAAGCGCCCAAGGAUCAUGUGCUACAUUUCAAAUGUGAGCUGCAGCUGCAAACGCUAGUGAAGGACACGCGCUGCCGCGCUGAGGUGUUUCACUUCAAUGCCGAGGGCGACGAGCUGUUGACGAGCUCCGAAUACUUUUGUGGCGCUGGCAAGUUCGAGCGUCAAAGUUUUCUGAAUCGUGCCGUGAUUUCGUACAUAUCGCAGAGAAAGGAGGCGGCUACAGCUGCAGUUCCAGCUACCUUGGUGCCAAAGUUAAGGGAUAAGCUGCCAACGCGAGCCACGAGCACGAGCACCAGCAGCAGUAGCACAACAACUACAAAGGCGCCCCCAGUGGAGCAGGAGGACCAGGAAGAUGAAAAGGAAGCAGGGCAGCAGGAUGACGAUGAUGAUGAUGAUGAUAACUUUACGAACGAGGUGCUGCACGUGCUGCAGGAUGUGGGCGUGAGCGAUGCUUUGGCUUACGUCGCCUCGCUGCUCUACGAUGAGCCCAACAAUGGUCGUCGAAUUGGUAGCACGCCCGCACCAGCUUACUUGGCCCAGUUGCCAGGCCGCACUCCAAAGACUUCCGCAAAACGUGGCAAAAUUUUGUCCGUUUAUCCGCUGGGCGUGCCGGGCGGUGGUCGCUUCUCCUGCCUGGUCGAAGCCCUAUCGCCUAAUUGCAAUUGCGGCUGGAGUCGGACACAAAGAAUCGCCAGUCCAACAAACGACGAGGCUUCCCUGCACGAGUUUCCCUCCAUGGCCGGUGUGCUGACCAAGAAGCAGGGCAAAGUCUUUUGCGGUGCUGCCAUCAUUCAUCAUCAUUACUUGCUCUCGGCGGCACACUGUUUCCUCAGUCCAGAGACGAGCCACGCCGCCCUGCUGCGCAUCGUUGUUGGCGAACACGAUCUGUCCAGCGCCUACGAGACCCUCUUCACGCGUCGCUACGAUCUGGACGCGCUGAUACUCCACGAGCAGUUCAGCCAGGCGAAUGGCCAGCUGCGUAAUGACAUCGCCCUGCUGCGCACCCGCACGCCCAUCCAGUUUAAUCGCAGCGUCGGGCCCGCCUGUCUGCCCCUGCAGCCGGCAGCGAAUGGCCGAAAACUGCCGCUGGUGGGCCAACAACUGCUGGCUGCCGGCUGGGGCACCACAUCCUAUGGCGGACCGCAGACGCAUCGCUUACUGAAGACAACGCUGGACGUGAUCAGCGCCGAGCAGUGCCGCAGCUCGCUUAGUGAGGGAUCCGUGCCCGUUCACAGCUUUUGCACCUACACACCUGGGCGAGAUACCUGCCAGUACGACUCCGGCGGUGCUCUCUACGAGCGCAGCAAUGGCCGCCUCAUGGCCGUCGGCAUUGUCAGCUAUGGCUACGCCUGCGCCACGCAGCAACCAUCUGUUAACACACGAGUGGCCUCCUUUAUCAAGUGGAUCAGAACCAAGACGCCAGAGGUGGCUUACUGUCUCAAGCAAAUAUGAAAAGAGAAGCCAGCCAAAUUAAAGCAUAAGAAAGAAAACUUGUUGUUAGAGUAUAUUAUGUGCAGAUGUACGGCAAAUGUAUUCACUAAAAUAAUUAAUUUGUUCCUUU